AUGCACCUUACUUCUUCUUCUCUGAUUGAAAUCAAACAGAACGCUGCUGCUCCUCGUCUCGAAUUACAUCCCCAACUCGCACUCUCCUCACCUCAGUUUCGAUCUCCUUUUCGUCUCACUCUCUCCGAUUCUGAUUUGUCUUCAACAUCAAUAAAUCGCCUCAGUUUUGCAGAUUCGCUCCUUCUCAAGGUGGUGAAGAUGCUUCUCCGCCUUGUGUUGCAGAGAAAGAUUGAUGCUAUGAUGAUUGAAGAAUAUUGGAGAUCCAUGUUUUUUUAUAGAAAGGGCUUGUGCAAGGUUGUUUGUGUUGUGGCUGAGACAAGAUUUUGCUUAUGCGAUGUUGCGGGAAUCAAUUUCUUUUGA